AUGAAACUUUCUCAUCAAAAUCAAAACCAACAAAACCCAAAAUCAUUCUCAAUCCAUUCACCUGAUUCUCAACCAAAAUCACAAUCUCAAUCAUUCUUACCACCACCACCACCUACGACUACUACUACUACUACUACUACAUUAACAACCAAACCAAUCACUCCUAUCACAAAUCAUACCUUACCAAACCUAAUCAAUGAAAAAGAUUCAAGAUCUCACUUCAAUCGUGACAAACAACGCGUGAAAGAUGAAUUGAGACGUGAAACUUUACAAUGGCAAGAAAAGUAUCGAGUCGCGAUCAAAAGCUUUGUGUUUUAUCUUGAUAGAUUAGAUUCGAAAACCGAAUCUGAACUAUCUAACGAAUUAGAAUCAUGGGGAGCUCGCGUUGAUCAAUUCUUUUCUAAAGACGUCACACACGUGAUCACUAAUAUCCCAGUCCCAGUGAACCUACCUAUCCUUUCACCAAGUGUAACGAAUUCGAUUAAACGAAACACGGCUUAUCAACUACCGGUUCCAUCACCUUCACCUUCAACUCUUCAUGUUCAUCCUUCACAUCCUUUACAUUUCAAUAAUAAAGAGAAUGGUCCGUUGACGAGAAGGUCUAGUAAACGGAUCCUUGAACCGAAUUUGGUAAGUCCGGAUCCUAAAGAUGGUAUCUUGACUGAUCCUCCUCAAAUCGAUCCGUUUAUGAGAAAAGCACUUGAAAUGAAAAUCAAGAUAUGGAGAACUGAAAAACUGAGGAAUGUACUUGAAAGAUUAGAAGAUAGAAGAUCACCUAUGAAACCCUUACCAUUAAUGAAACCAUCCUUACCAUCCCUCUUAGCUAAAGAAGCACAACAAGGUCAUACACAUGAACGAGAUCCGAUUUCGAUUCGAUCAGAUUAUCAUUAUUUUUCAAAACAAUCUAAUUUUAUUCUAGUAGAAGAUUCUAAUCAAGAAUUCAAACCGAUCAUCAUUAAAGAAUUCACGAAAUCGAAAGUUAAAGAUCCUUCUGCUUCUACUUCCACUUCCGCUUCGACUUCUAAUCAGACUUGGCCAGUUUUGUUUGGUGGAACUGAAGGCAAAUCGGCUUUUAGUAAAUAUAAUUCUAAACAUUCUUUGAAUCAUGUUCAUUUAAGGAUCAAACAAAUGUUUGAAGAACGGUUUAAAGAAUCCAAUACGAAUUCGAAUCUUGAAGAUAAUCCUAAUCGAACCCCUAAUCCAAACCAGAAUCGAGAUUAUCUUUCGAUUCCAACCUCACAACCUACCCAAUCAUUACGUAGAACGAUGAGUAUGAACAUCUUACAACGAAAACAAACCGUUCAACUUAACCCUACUCAUUCGAAAGCGAACCAUCAAGAAGGAUUGUAUCCAGACUUAGUGAACAUCACUGCUCUAGAACAUCAAAGAGGACCUGGAAAGGUAUUCUUAGGUGCAUCUGGAAAUAGUGUGACGAUCACUUCUACUAAUACACCAUCGACUAGAUCUUCAUUGGCUUAUCAAUCGAAUUUUUUGGUGGAUAAAAGGUUAAAUGAGUUGGUUAAAAGACCUACGUUUAAGAUUCUUGAUAAUUUAAAGAAGGAAAAUCAGUUGGUUGGAGGAGGAGAAAAGAAUUUAAAACGAUGUCAAAGUUUAGAUCAAGCACUUUUAGAACAAAAGAAACAAACUGAUGGGAUUGGGUGUACGAAUAAGAAUCAAGAGAGUAGAAGAAGGAGAGGUGGUAGGAAAGGAUUAGGUGUUAGAGAUAAGUUGGGAGAAGGAUUUGAGCUUUUGGAUUUGAGUAAUUUGGUGGGAGAAGAAGAAGCUAAGGCUGGGUAUUGUGAGAAUUGUAGAACAAAGUAUGGAGAUUUUAAACGACAUGUGAUCACACGUAAACAUCGAAAGUUUGCAACUAAUGAAGAUAAUUGGUGGGAAUUAGAUAAGUUAUUAGAACGAACCUGUAGAAGGUUAAGAGUCGAUUGUGGAGACUUACCACCUUCGUUGAGAGAGUUGAUCGAGUUGAGAGAUCAGAGGAUGGGCUUGGAAGAUGAGGAUGAGGAGAUUAAAAUUAUGAAUAAUGAUAAUGAUGAUAAUAGUAAUGAUGAUAAUAACAAUAUUAAUGAUGAUGGUGAUAAUGAUGGUGGUAACUUAUGGGUUGGAUUUUGA